AUUGUCGAAGGCAGAUUUCAUCUGAAACGAGAAAAACAGAAGCAUGUUGUUAAUCUUAUUUGUCCAAGUUUCUUUCGGUGAUUAAAAACCGUAGAACGACGGGUAAUCCAAUCAUGCUGUACUGAUGAAAACCCUUUUUGUUGAGUGUGCUUUAUUGACUUUCCGGAUGAUCGGCAGAUCGUACAAAAAUGUGGUGAAAACAAAUCAGUUUGAGAACGUGGUCUGCAUGUGUCUACCCUUUGUCGGAAUUCGAAGGACUUUGGGAACGGAACUGGGUCGUAAUUGUUCUUUUUGUGCUGUUACCAGGCCAAAAUAGAAUUGUUGUCGCUAACUAAUGGAAAAAGAACAUGUGGAAUUCCUUGCCUGACCAGAAAGAACGAAAAAAUCCCAACGUAUAAAUAUAGGGAGGCCCCAGACGAAAACGACACAUCCGUGGGCGAGAGAAAUGAAAAAAAAAAAUUAGGAAGAAAAGUGAUCUCGGACCGUCUCGUGACCUCAUCAAUAGUCGGGGUAUCUGCCCUAUUUAAGCUUAUUUAUAGCCCGACGGUAGGGUGAGGCAGUCGGCACGCGCGCCCCAGAAUGAACGCCAUCUGAUACGUUACGCACGCGUCUGUGUGUAUGCACGAUAGCUAAGUAGAAACAGGAAGAAAAAGAAAAGAUUUAACAUCAUCGAAGAACCGCGUUGGUGUGUAAAUGAGGAAGCUCCCUUUUUGUGUUCCAAGCGGAAAUGGUGACUUAUGAAAAAUUUUGUAAAAAAUAUAAAAGGGGCAACACCGAGACGCGAGAAAUGGUGAUGAUAGCCAGAAUUAUUCUAUUUCUGGCUAACCGAGAAUAUUCAGUUUCUCUCUGCGGACUUGGCUGGAAUAAUUCCACGCUCACAUUUUGUUUUUCGCAAAAUUAAUCACUAUCGAUCGGAGUUGCUUUAUAUCCUUCACGGUAGACUACCGUAUCAAUAAUUUUCUAGAAAUCCAGGAAUGCAAUCAAAUGCGGUUUCACGAUGUAAAGCCAUUUACCAUUAUUAGGAAACAAUGGACAAUGGGGUUACAGGGUUCGAUUCAAUGGUCAUGAUUAGUGGACAUAGUAGUCAUCCCGUUAUGAGAUACUUCACCUUAAAAACAAAGUAACAAGCGCCCUUUCCUUUGGUCAUCUGUUCACAUGAACAGACGAGAGGGCAUAGCGGUCACCGCUAAACAAGGACAAGGGAGAAAGUAUACGAAUAAAUAUCCAACCGAGUACCGGUCACACGCGUGAAGGAUGUGCCACACAGCGUGCGGCUCAAUUUUUCUGCAGCGUUUGAAUAGUUGUAUUUUUUAAAAUAUCGCCCUCAAGACAUCCGGAUUCACGGUCGGUUAGGUACGAUGUCCUCGUCACGAAAUGCAGAAAAAACGCGUGAAAGGUCAUAAAAUGGCGACAGUUUCUCGUUCGUGUAUCACAAACUCAUGGUUGUAGACGACAAGAACACGCGAUAACGACGAAUCAACGCCACGAAGCAGGAAGAAAAACUGGAAAGUUGAUUCGCUUGACGAGAAAUGAAAAUUCCGUGUGCAGACGCGGGCGUGUUCAGAGGAUUUUCAUGGUCUGCGGAACUGUUGGCGGGAAUCAACAGUUGUCUAACGCUAUACAACCCUCCGUACUUUUGUUCGUGUUAAAUACCAUGGAAGCCGCUAUACUUCGCUUAACUAGGGUCUUUGUCGAUCUCCAGUUUUAUGAUCAAUCGAGUGCUUUAUGAAUGCCACCAAUCUAACUCGAUGAUCGACAAAUAUUUAAAUCAGCCAACCAGUAAACAUCGAGUUCCGUUAAAGUUUGAUGAACUGUGCAAACAAAGCUGUUGGAUGACUCCAGGAUGUCACAUCAGCAAUUUGUCAUGGCUUUUGUAUUGUAUAUUUUAUUUAUUUUUAUUGCAUUACUCUAUGUAAUCUCACAUCCGUCACUGUUUCCCGUCUCUGAUGUAAUUUGCUUAGGGCAACGAACUGGUCAUAGAUGGCGUGUCACGACAUCUGCCGGAAAAUUUUAAAUUUUCUUUUUUUUUUCGCUAGAUGUCUUCAUAAAGUGAAAUUUAAAAAGCCCCGGGCUAUCCAUACCCCCCGACUCAUCCAGUCCAACAACCACCGUUAGACCGUUAGUGAAAGAAGAAUUUUUCUCUGCGUCUUCUUUCCCCCAUUAGACAACAAAUGACCAUACCAUCUUCACCACACGAAUUCAGCAGUGCGUGAUGAACGUCGAUCCCGCUUAGUGAAAUCGAUUCAUUUCUGUUUGGUGAACCGCCAACUUGUUGGUUGUGAGUGGUAAAAAAGCAUCAAGGCUGUGGCAGACAAUGUGUGUUGUGACGGAAUGAAGUGACCCGAAUGUUUUUCUUGCACACAAUUGAUCACAAUGCAUGCUUCAAGACGGCAGAAAAAGGCUCGUGCCAGGCCUUUUUCACCUCCUGUUACUUUGCAUUUGCAGGCCUCACCUGCCUAUAAGGUGGCCAAGCUUGUAAGAGGCCAACAAGGCUUUGGAUUCACAAUAUCUGGCCAGGCUCCCUGCAUCUUGAGUUGUGUUGUACCUAAUAGUUCAGCAGACAAAGCUGGAUUGCACGCUGGUGAUUGCUUGCUGGCUGUCAAUGGUUGUGAUGUGAGCAGGGCUCCACACGAUGAAGUGGUCAGGUUGGUUGGUUCCUGCAUGGGCAUGUUGAGACUACAUCUGGCUGAAUCAGGUAUCCCAGCUACAGCGAAGGGGUAUUCUUCUUCAGAUGAAGAAUCAGAUCCAAAGAUGAGGGUGUCAUCUAAAAUUAGGCUGCCCAGGACGAGACAUGCAAACCGAAUGAAAAGAAAGGGAGCAACUCCUCCUAGCCGAAACGAAAGAGCCGUCCGAGAUUUACAUAGCCGAAUGAUGCCCGUCCCGCCAAUGCCAAAUCACUCUUCCGGAACUAAAAAUCGGCGUCGUCGAAACUCGAGCGACAGUAGCCAAGAACAUAUCGGCAACCUCAUGUCUUCGCCAAAUCUCCAUUCUAGAAUGAUCAAAAAUAAUGGAGUGGGCGCCAACGUCACCGGUCAACUGAUGUACCGUUCAGUGGUGGGCUACUUGGGAACGAUUGAAAUGCCGGAAGACUCAAGCAGUCAGUCGUCACCCAGUAGCGGCGUGAGCGGAGGGGGUCUGAGUGCCUCUGGCAGCCAUUCCAACAGCAAUAAUAGUGCAGCGGCCCGACUGGCGGCAAUCAGGAGCUGCGUGCGUCGGUUACGGAUAGAAAAGAAGGUUCACACGUUGGUGCUGCUCCGAGUGUGGGGACCCCGACCAGGUGCUGGAGUGGUCGCCGGUGCCGCCGGAGGUGCAGCCAUAGCCUCCAAUUCUACGUCGAGUUCGCGAAAUAAUAAUAGCAGCUCGGGAAAGAUCACCCUGACCAGCCCGGCUGGAGCCAAUUUGGCUCGGUUUCCUGCACGACGUGUCGUUUUUUGCGGAGCUUACGCCGACGACGCCCGUUUCUUUGGACUCGUUACAUCCGCCUCCCACGACUCGGACGACGACGACGAAGAAGACGAUCAAUCCACUUCAGAUCACGAAGAAAAAAUGCUCAACGCCCAUCGUAAGAACUCAGCCGCUGGCUUCACGUCGUGCCAUGUUUUCAUGGUGGAUUCCCGCCUGGUGGCCCACGAAGGGCACGCGGCUCGAGCCCACGCGUUCCGCUUCCAGUGUACCCCUGCUGCCGGAGGUGAUGGACGAUGUCUGGAGUUCCCUCCCACGGCCGAACCAAUACUCCAGGCUGUACUUUCUUUGUGCGCUUCAUCUGGAUGCCAUGGAAAUAACGCUAUCGGAUUGAUGGGCUGGGCCAAUCCGUUGCUACAACAACAACAGCAGCAGCAACAACAACAACAACAACGUCACCAACAUCAACAACAUCAGCAUAAUUUAAGCAGUCAUAGUAGCAGCAGUAGCAGCAAUAGCGAUUCGGGCAUCUUCCGUGAUCGCGAUGACGGCAAGAAUAGCGAUCGAGACGUGCAGCUUCAACUCCGGCAUCAGCCAGAUCAACCGAUGUUGCAUCACCAACCCAUUUCACUUCCGCUCAAUGGCAAUUUGGACCGGCUAACAGUUCGAGCCAUGCCUGAUCCCCUAAUGGCAAUUAAAAGUCCCGGUGAGCUGGAACAUGCUGCUCGUUUGCGGAGUUCGAUGCAGCGUUACCUGAACCAGCAGCAACAACAACAGCAGCAACAACAACCGCAACCGGCCAUGCUGUUACUAAACCGCAAUACGGGGACGCACCAACACGUUAACCCAUCGCUCAGCGUUCGCGCGACCAUGACGCUGGAAGAGAAGUUGAGCCCGCAGGUUUUUAAAGGCCGACCUGGCGGCCUACCGCACCCCACCAACAGACCUGCUCGAACGCCGUCGGAGCGCAGUCGUGCCCGUAGCCUGGACGACUUAAGUAAGAGCUGCCAGCAACAAGCACGUAUGCCCGGUGAUCCACCCCAUCAUCAGCACCCCCAUCAUCACCAUCCCCAACAGCUGGGAUCUGACAACGGUUUAGACAAGAUCGAUUGGGACAACAGUACUCCCUUUGAUCCCGUAGUGGGCUGGCACAGUUUAGCCGGCCAGUCUUCGUCAGGAUCCCCGCCGCGACAGAAACUGCUAGCCAAAAGACUGGAUUACGAAGACGAUGAUAGUGAAGAAGAGGAAGAGAGCGAGGUACAGCCUCCGGCUUCGGAUCAACGGUGCGGCCAAGAUGUAAGACCUGGGCCGACCGUAGCGGCCAAUGCUACAACAGCUAGUAACACCAACGAGCCCGUACUGACUGGCACGCUCGAGAAACCCAUUCAGCCUGAUCAGCCUCCUCCUUCACAACCUCAACAACACGUCUGGACGCAGGGCUUCGAGAAACUCCUCGAGGACCCCCUGGGUCUGCGAGCCUUCGCUGGAUUUCUAAAGAAGGAGUUUAGCCACGAGAAUAUUUAUUUUUGGGCCGCUUGCGAACGGUUCCAUCGGCUCUUCCCCACCGAUGAUACAACAACGGCUGCGUAUGAAGCCCAAAAGAUUUUCGAACGUCACCUCGGCCCAGCAGCCUCUGAGCCUGUUAAUGUAGACUCUCAGGCAAGACAAAAGGCAGAAGACAACCUUUGUCAACCUAGCCCGGAAUUAUUCGACCAGGCUCAAAAACAAGUGUUCAAUUUGAUGAAAUACGAUUGUUACCCACGGUUCCUACGUUCACCGAUCUAUCGCGAAUGUGUUCAAGCUCUACAACAAAACGAGCAGCCGCCCAUAGCGGCACUGACGCUCAAUGAUCCUGAUUUGAAUGUUGACUAUGAUUUCGGCGAUGCUGAUAGUGAUAGUACUCGCAACUUGGCAUUGAAAAAGAGUGGCAGCGAUGCUGGUGAACGACGACGUCGGUCCCUGUUACCUUGGCCCAAGAAAGACCGGUCUAAAUCCAAGGAUCGUGGUGACUUCGACUACAGAAAGACAGCCAAAAAGAAGAACCGACAGGGUAGCACCAGCAGCGGCCCAGAAAAAGAAAAAGAGAAUGCAACAGACGAUGAAGAUCAGCUGAUUAAAAGAGCAGCGUCAAAAGACUCGGUGGCUUCUGAAUUCAGUGACAGGGCGUUCCACAUUCAGAGUACUGCAAGCACAGUGCCUCUCGUCAAAGUUCUCCUUCCCGAUAUGUCCUCUGCAGUUAUUGCCGCCCGUCCGGGUCAAAGUGUCCAACAACUUCUCAGCAAACUUUUGGAACGUCGCGGUUUGCGCUUUAAUGCCUUCGAACUCUUUGACAGCCAUCAUUCUACAUCGAUCGAGCUGGAAAGGGACGCGUCGGUAGUGGGUGGCAUGGAAAUCCGUCUGGAACCUAGAGUCGUCUUCCAUCUACUACUACAGCAAUCAGGAAAGUCGUUGAUGAUCCGUGGCCAACCCAGGAGGCAGCUAGGCGAAGUCCUUAAGCCGAUUCUGUUCAAAUACGGCCUUAAGAUAGAGCAUUCCAUUAUCACCAAAUCUGCUACUGGCGAUGUUGUCCAAACAAAGACAUUGUUAGCCUCACUGGAUGGUUGCCAUUUGAAGGUGAUCAACCGAGAUGAUGCCGAAGAUGUCGGUGAAAUGGACCGCGAUGCUUCAGGUCAAGCUCAAGAACAAGCCGAACAGUGUGACGAACCAGAGGACCUUCCAGUGAAGAAUAGCGGAAGUUUGCUUGGUCGAAAAGGAUUGAAUCGAAGAAAUUCUCUUCAAGCCGAACGGAAUAGGACAGUUUCGGGCAAAAAGCAGAGUAUGGUACCAACGAAAAGUGAAGGAACGAUACAGAAUCCCAAUAUUUCGGUUGCCAAUAAACGACUUUCGCUGCACGAUCUACCAAAAUCCAGUUCAACCACACAUCUAAUGCCUCCACCUCGAGCUCCAUUUGGAUCGAGGAAGCCAAACACCCAACGCAACCCAUUAACGCGUCUGGAAAAUGAAGCACUCUAUGAGAGGUUGAAACGAGCGCAGAGAUGCAGACUUGAGGACCAAAGAGGGACGGAAAUUAACUAUGAACUGCCAGACUUUCUGAAAUUGCCCGGUCGGUGUUCCAAUGACGACUAUGCUGAGUCGCACGAGCUCCCCCUCGACGGAAGAGCUUCGGAACCGAUUGGAUGCAGACCCAGGAGAGUAUACCAGGAAUCCUACGAAUUUCCGCUUGAUGGCCGUGCAUCCGAACCUCUCUUUUCGCGACGCGAGGUUGUCUCUGAGCCUCGCUCCAACGGAUCCGGCAUGAGCGGUUCUUGCGCCUCGCCGGAUUUUGCCGCCAUAGCUGCCCAAAUCUUGGAUAAGAGUUUUUCUGCUGAUGGAUUAAUGCCCACCCACGAAGAGGCGGAAAUGUAUUUCGGGUCUUCAACACCGAGUGGUACGAUCGAUCUAAAGCCAAAUCAACCAUCGAAUGCCAAGAUCACCGUGGCAGCGGCUAAGCAAAACGUGGCAAACGUCGCCGCUCGUAUUGCGGCAAUCGAACAAAACGAUCGCGCCAAGCAGAACGCAAGUCAGCAGGUUUCCAAGUCAAAUUCCAAUUCAAACUGGGAUGACUUGCUUUUAGACUUAGACGUGGACUGGCGCUGCUACCAGGGUCGGGAGACGGAUGAUCAGAAACAGCAAUUGCAGCAACAUAGUCGGCCGAGGAACGGUUCGUCUUCACAGCAGCCGCUUAACAGUCGGCCGCCUCUUCCCACGCCUCCUGCCCUAGAAAUGCUUGACUUAGAUGAUCCGCUGACCGUGGCCAGUCCAGCAUCCCCUCCACCUCUGCCCCCUAAACCAGGCAAAACAAAGAUCAACGAACCAUUCAAAGCUCCCAUAUCAAAACCUAUGCCGCCUCCACGCCCCCCCAGCCGUAAUAUCAACACCUCUUCCAGGGUGAAUGUCAGUUUCGUCUAGCAGUACCGGAAGGUUUUGACGUUAACGUUUCUUCCCUUUUUUCUUUCCCUUUUUUUUUAACGUUUACUUUUUUCGUUGGAAAAUGAUUAAGUGUGCCAUAAUAUUUCUUGAUUCGUUAAGCGUGUAUUGCGGUCAAUCGAGAGCCAUGUGACGACUCCAUCCGGAAUGGAAAUUAGAUUCCCUUUUAAAGCAUUUAGAAGUUAUAGGGCUUCAAUCGAUUCGUCUUCUUCUGCGCGUCCGACCAGCGUUAGCCAGAAGAGUUGAGGUCGAUCAUAGGCCGUCACCAACACUCCCCUGUCUGUAAAAGGAGCCGCCCCUGUGAUCAUGCAGUCCUUCAUUUCAAAGCUGUUCAUAUAGCGCAUAUCCCAGUUGGGAUCGUUGCUUUUCCCUAGAAUCCAGAGAUGUAAGAAACCGUCCUCUGCUGCCGAGACGAAACCGCCUCUGACCGGAAAAAUCUGAGUUAUCCAGCGAAUGUGAGCUGCAACCUCGGAUAGGCAUUCCAUCGUCGGCAGCAAGUAGGCACGGAUGAAUCCCGUGUUGAAAGCUGCGAUCAAAACUGAAAAGAUACGAAUUUUAACAAUGGUCAAGAUUGUUCCAGCCAAAUUGAAACAAACUUUCCUUUCCCAUUCCUCUUUUUUUACGAUCAAAAAUUUUAUUCUGUUCGUUGAUUUUAUGUACCAUUUUCACCGUAAUAACCCGUGACUAUUGAGUGUAUCGGAACGGCCAUUAGUUACCGUGCUCUCCUCUGGCUUCGAGGAUUAGCAUGCUGGUGCAGCAGUUUGGCGAUUUCUCUUGAAUACGUUGAGCGUGAGACCAACAGCCAGGUUCACCUUGAAAGAGGACGAUACCUCCCUGUUCGUCUCCUGCCACCAGGUAUCCUGUGGAAACGCAAAUGAUCGUGGUUGGGAAUUUACCAAGUUUGGUUUGAGAUGGCAUGUCUUGACUGCCUAUUUCCCAAAGACCUUCGUUGCUCCCUGUAGCAAAAAAAAAAAAAAACGGUUUGGGUUAUUUGUAAAAUUCUUCUUCGUUCACCUGAAUUGUCCCUCUUACCUGUGUAUAUAUAGCCGUUGAUCGACGCUAGAGAAGUGAUCCAUCCUUGCUGAUCCAACGCCUUGUCUGUAUCUGCUUUCCACGUUUUAGUCGAGCAGUCAAAGAUAACUUGCAGUAGAUGGUUGGUGUGGGCAAUUAUGAGUGUGAGCUCUUGACCGUCACACCACAAUACCUGCCAAAGAAAAGUAUUCCAUUGAACGCGACCGUCUUCUGUCUCAACUACGACUUCUUCAAUGUUUGUUUUUCAAACUUUCGGACUUGUAUAUCAUCGGGUUUAUCAACUAUCAGUGCGUUAAUGUCCAGAACGUGUUGUUGUUGGACGUUUCCCCUCUUGUCCAAAACCAUCAACUCGACCGUGUCAGCAUGUACUACUGCAACAUGACUGCCGCUGCUCUCUUUCCUGUUCGUAUGUGUAAAUUUUCAACAAAAAAAUCGUCAGUCGAUGGAUAAAUUACAACAAAUAUUCAGUUGUGCACUAUAA